AUGCGAGGUAUUGCUCGUGAUGCUUAUACUUGGGCCCUGGACCAUCGAGUGCAUCACAAGUACAGCGAAACCAAUGCGGAUCCGCACAAUGCGAAGCGCGGUUUCUUCUUCAGCCACGUCGGAUGGCUUUUCCUGACUCCUCACCCCGACGUCGUGGCCAAACGGAAGACCAUCGACAUGAGCGAUUUGGAAUCAGAUUCAAUUGUUAUGUGGCAAAAGAGAUUAUAUCCGGUGCUAUUCGCACUCUUCGUGAUCAUCCUUCCAGUCUUCAUGCCCGUAUACCUGUGGAACGAGACCAUCUGGAACUCGUUCUGGGUGAACUUCAACACCAGAUUCUGCAUCACCCUGAACAUUGCGUUCUUCGUGAACAGCGUUGCUCACAUGUGGGGACAGAAGCCGUACGAUAAGUACAUCAGUUCCGUUGAAAAUCUCGCUGUUUCCGUUGCGGCUCUCGGCGAGGGUUGGCACAAUUACCAUCACGUCUUUCCCUGGGAUUACAAAACCGGGGAGCUCGGCAACUCUUACAAUCCUUCCACGCAUUUCAUCGACUUCUUCGCUCGAAUUGGAUGGGCUUACGAGAGGAAGAGCGCAACCGGAGAGAUGGUAGCAAGGAGGGCGAAGAAAUCGGGAGAUGGAAGUUACGUCUACGAGAACGAGGAUGAUCCUAAUGUCUGGGGUUACGGUGAUGCUGAUAUCCCUGGAGAUGAUAUGCAGGAGCUACAGGAUAUGAAGGAUUAGCCAUAAUUCGUUGUUUCUUCUUAAUUAUUCUGUUUUUUUUUGUUCUUUGAUUAGUAGUAUUAUUAACACUUUUAAGUCGAUGCUAGUCAUAUGACCUCCCGACCAAAAACGUAUUUAAUUCCUUUUGUAUAAUAUAUAUUUUAUUAAACGGUUUUUGAAACGUU